CUUCUACCUAUGUAACAAUGCAUGUGUGUACCACUAAAAAAUCGAAGCCGAUGAAGUUAGACACAUGAUUUACUUCUACAGCUCGUAGAAGUUGUGUCUUGGUUGAAGGCAGAAUGGAGUGUAUGUGAAUCACGUGGUUUGAUUGAUGCCAGAAAGCACUUCUAGGCCCACAUCCCUACACUGUAUCAGUUCGCGUUUCGAGGGUAACUGACAAACUGAAUGGUUUCCUAGUAUUCUUCUAGCACCGGACCAAAAUGUUGUUGACGACCUUUCCCAUGUCUCGAAAAGCAAGCAGCAACACAAGGCGAAGACGAUCAACGAGAAGCAGCACAACGUCGUCGCGUGGGAGGAGUACCACAAAAGCACCAACAACCAUACCUGUAGAAGUGUCUGCAAUAAAGCGGAGUGUCAGCAGGUGGAGCAGACGCGACGGUUUGGGUUUCCAAAUUUCCGCAAGCACGAGAUAGUCCAAGGCCGGUCCUUGUUGUGCUCGUUGCUGCAAGAAUCCGAAGCCACCACAAUGGCCACUGCGACUGCAGCACCAAGCGCAGCCGCCCCGGCGGUCGAGAGGGUAACCGUGUUGCGCAGCGCGGCACAUGGUGUCUCCGAAAAUGUGCUACGACAGCUUGAGGAGGAGAAUCUGGAGAUGCGUAAAGAAUGUGACAUCGCGCACAUUGAGCUGGCCUCCGCAUCUCAUUUGGUCCGAACCCUCGACGCAGAGACCUUGGAAUUAAGAAAACGAAUAGCUGAGGUACGUGCGACAAGGGGCACUGUCCACUGAUGUUGAGUUUAUUGUAAAUACGUAACCUUGACUGUCAUUUCAUCAGAUAGAACCAGAACCAUUUUCCAUGUUGAGUUGCUCACUCGGUUUGCAAUUCGAGAAAAAAAAAACUUCAGCUUGAACCAAUGGAGGACAAAGCCCAGAAGGUUGUCGAAGAGAAUGUGAAGCUACGAGCCACACUGCAGCGACAAAAGACGACGAUUAGAAAAAUGAUGGGCGAAGCUUGUACGUGAUUAUCAUUCAUGUUUUUUUUUGAUGUGUGGCCGAGUUUGUCUGGUUGUGGACCUUUCUUUUUACAAAAAGCAAAAGGGAAGCUCGUGCAAAUCGAAGGGUUCUCUUUGAAUUUUUCGCUUUGCUCAAUUUUCUCUACCCACCUGGCAGACGACAGCGACGAAGACGACAUUUCGAUGGAAAAUCUGAAAGAGGAGCUGCUGUCACUGCAGGAAAAGUUGGCCGAGGUAACCGCAAGAAAGGACGACCUUCUCGCCGAAAACGAAAGACUGAUUGCGCCCGGCCAGGACGACAACGAGCUCGCCACUUUGCGCAGCAAAGUGGAAGGUAUUUACUUAAAUAGAGUCAGUGUCAGCUGUCAUUGAUUUGUAUUCGUUAGAAGCGGCCAAGGCUAGUAGGUACACACUACAGGCUCAGGCGUACAUCAACUGCGCACCAACUGAGCCCGAUUCACGUCCGCCACACAACAUUGGCAUCGUACACGACUGUCACCGUACUUUUCACGACACAUGAUGACAAUAAAAACUAUCUUCAGAGCUCGAGAAGGAACUCGCGUCCGGAAAUGAGGUUCUGAAAGAAACCGAGGAGCAGAUCGAGGAGAUGUCGAAAACGCUGCCCGAAGUGGAAAACAAGAAUCUGGAACUCCACAAGGAACUGCAGCUCCGUAUGGCGUUCUCAAACAUUACAUUCUCAACUGUUACAUGGAUUUGCAAUGCAAGAACAGCAACAGUGAAGGCGACAAUAUUGCAGCUUUCGCAUCACAGAUUUGCCACAGAUUAUCAUGCUGUUUAGCCUUUCUAAAAUUUGUCAUGCUAAUUACCUUGAUCAAGUGGAGGCUGAUGGCAAUUUUGCAUGACAAAUCCGUGUAACAGUUGAGAAUGUAACAGUUGAGAACGCCAUACUCCGGCUCGAGGCCGAGGAAAAUUUGAAGAAGAAGCUCCAGGUAUUACAAUGAAAAAUGCCCCCACCCCCGAACUUGAAAGCAUUUGUAUUGCAAACCUUUCCGAAUGAAACAUUCGCCCUCUUGCAUGUAUCAGCAUCACAGAUUUCCGAUCGUGAAUAGUAAAGAUUUGUAUUGCAAAAGAUCCCAGCAAGAGCGGUGCUUGUCAUGCAAGCGAUGCGAAACACGCCUAGACUCUGGAUCAGAAAGAUUCAUAGUACUUUCAUGCAUGACAAAAAGUUUUCAUUUGGAAACUUCGCAUCACAAAUGCUUGCAACUUUGGGGGUGGGGGCAUUUUUCACUGUAAUACCAGGAACUGGGCUACGAUCCGGAAAACCUCGACGGUAUCGUCGGCCCUGGUUCCUGCACGACGGCAACGCCGUCUGAUCAUCAACUUCCCUCGCCCGCGACGGACCUGUCCGCUUCCAGCAGAAGCAAGGCUAUGAGCUCUCCCACAGAGCCGCAGCUGCAGGGGAGUGUCGUGUCAAAAGAAGUUGCUCUGCCCGCUAUUCCGGAUGACGACCGGUCGUCGAUCUCAUCGGGGAUCGGGCGGCUGACAGACGAUGAUGACGAUGAUGGGGAGGUAACGCCCACGCAAGAAGCUGUCGCGACCAGCAAGCACUUGGACACAACACCGCAGAAUGCGCCGCCCGGAAACGCGGCUGCUGGGCUGUCUGCGAUAGCGCCGCCUACAACAGCAACAGGAUCUGGAGCAGCAGAGCAAGACCUUGUUCCUCGUCCGGUGGUGCUAGAAGAAGCGGCAACGCAAACCUACAGCAGCGAUUUUCCGCGUCGAGACUCCGCUCAGUCUCCGCGUCACUCUGAAGGCGUUCUGCGUCUUCCCGCGGUGCCGCUGCUUACAGGGUCAAGCUCGUCAAGUUCGUCGUCUUCCGUUCUUUCGGGAUUGAGUGUGAUAGGAGCUCCAACACCUCCACCGGUUCAUCCACAAGAUCCGUCCUCAUCGUCUAGCGGAAUAGUGCUCCUCGGUUCAGUUCCUCCUCUCUCGACGUCUUCACACCAGCAGGAGCAGCAGGAAUUCGAUAAGGAGCGGCAGAAGUUUUUGCGAAACGAGCGCAAGUACCAGAAGAUCAUCAAGGACAGCCUGGAGCACCAGGGUGUGUUAGAAGAUCAGCUGCGCGAACUCAAGGACGUGACAUCCAAGCAAAUGUCUUCCUUGCGGACCGAGCUACGACAGUAUCAGCUGCAGGAACAACAGAAGAUAACCUCUACUGUUGCUGGUACAACUACUGCGACUGCCUCUUCAUCUAGCGGUACUAGUCGAGCGCAGCCAAUGCGCAGCGCGGCCUGCAACUCCACACAAUUCGCUGAGAUUCUCGCGGGUGCGGGGUUGACCGAGCCUGCCGACUGCAAAAAUGAUCCUAGCUCUGCCUCGUCUUCAGCUUCAGCACAGGAGGUCGCUUCAAACGAACAAGGACGAAAUAAGAGCUGCACAGAAAGGCAAAGCACAACUUGUUCCAAGGAGCCGCCACCCUCGGACGUUGUAUCAGUCGAGCAAGCAGAUUUGCGGCGGCGCUACGAAGUGUUGCAGCGCUCGCAAGGCAUGCUGCUGCAGAGCCAUGCGGCGGAGCUCGCGAAGCUGCUCCGUAGCAACGACCAGUUGAAAAAUAUUCUGCUGCAAACGUGCAAAAAGUACGGGGUGCGGAAGCGAGAACUUGCGGAGUUGUGUGCUCUGGAUAAGAUAACCACGACUGGUGGUACACCUGCACUCAUUGUUGAUCAGCACCAGCGGGAACAAGAAACCCUGAUAGAGGAUAAGAACGCAUCUUCCUCCAGCACGACAUUACCAGGCGUAGCCGACCGUGCCGCCUCGACCAGUAGAAUGUUGGCGGCAGCUGAACAGGCAAAAGCAUCGCCAAAGGGGAAGGAGAUGGAGAUCACGUGAAGAUCAUGGCUCUUGCCGGCUGCUGUUUAUUUUCUGGCGCAGAGAGCAGCGUUCACACGUCACACCCGCAAGUUGUGCGUUGGAAAUCGAGAACGGAUCAUGGCAGCGCCGGCAGACGACGGAAAAAAACUUCGCCUUUCAUUCAUGCUUUUCUACCUUUUUCCACUCCUACUCGACCCGUUCUGAGAAACUGUGUACGAAAUUAUGAAUGCAUGUGUACGUAUAGCGUUAGCGCACGAGCAGAUUCGGGCUUGCUUGCUUUUUAAGUACUUUUUCCGCGCAUCACCUGUUGGUUCUAUAGACGGACCCCCUUUUUUGGUUUUUGAUGAACCGGGAUGAUAGAUUUUGGACAAUAACAAAUGAACGAAAAUUUCUUUGGAUCGUAGGAGUCUCUACGUCCUGACGUGGUUUUGUGCAAAUGCAGAAAGUGAAUGGGAAAGCAAUGAACAACUGAAAAGAGAACUCGAAAAAGCAAGAAGUCCGAUUCGCAGGAGGAAGCUCAU